AUGGAUGCAGACGCGGCGAUGAUGUUGGCUGACCUCGGCAACACACACCGUGACCGAGUGUCUGCGCCGUUGCCAAACGGUGUCGACUCCCGCACGGCCGAGCGACAGGAGGCCAUCAUUCGCGCAGAGAACCGCGCACGCCGAGAAGGUAUCUUACAACAAGCUACGGAGGAUGACGGGCAGCAGCACCGUGCUGUGAUGGCCUGGUAUGAGCAGUCCACGUUUGGCGGAGAUGACACCGCCGACGACCUUCAGAACCGCUUCGACGGUCAAGGUCAUCGACGUGAGCUUCGGCAGCGACUGGCUCAGGAGAACGAUCGCGGCCGCGAGUUUCAAGAGAACAGAUUCGGAGAAGAGCGAAGCCACUACACCUAUCAGCGAGGUGGACCCAGCAUGCCUCGCGACCGCCCACCACCAUCGCGAGCGGCCAGACAGCCAUUGGCAGUCACCAACCCCAACCGCCAGCGUGCACCAUCUCCACGGUCAUUCGGCACUCGCAAGUUUGGUCCUACUCGUCAAGGUGCUACUCCCGACGGCGGCAUCCCUUCGAUCACGCAGGGCCUGGCUUCUGCUGCUCAGGCAAUGUCCACCUUGGCCGGUCCACCAGCUGCGAGCUCUUCGACUACGACUGCUGCGCCGGCUUCUGGCCUCGCACAUGCUACCUCAUCUCACCUCGCUAUACAGCCUCCGGCCAGAUCGGCUUCGCCUGCUUUCUCUACAGCAAGCUCGACCUCCACGACCGAGCAGGCAGUAGCUAGUGCUCAGGCUCGGAUGAGAGCUGCUUUCGCGGCUCGGCAGAUGGCUCGGUCUGUCACACCUACUCCAACCCCCCAUACUCAUGCAGCUCCGACCGUCGCCAACCACGCCGACGCCGAAUCUGAAGCCAACACCUCUCACGCUACUGAUGACCCUACAGCUGCAUCUAGUCCUGAAGAUGUAGAUGAUGAUGAGCCUUGGCCACAAUGGGAAGCACCGCCUGCUAAUCGCUUCCAUUCACGGCCGAGUCCAGCGGUCGCCAGGGCUCAAAAUGCAGUCAAGGCCCAUCUCGCAACUCAGCACAGCGGACAGUCCACUGGAGGUGCUACUGCUGCAUCGUCGCAGAACGCUAUUCCGUCUUCUUCUUCAGCCCCACCACACUUGGGCCGUCGUACUGCCACGGGUAAUGUCGUUUCGAACGGAACUUCUACCUCAGCAUCCACCGGAGCUCCUGCCAGCGCGAGGACUACUGGUCCUAGACCACGAGCCACAGGACCUAGCACCCCGUACUUUGUCACCAACGGACUCGACUCCAGUAUGACCUUUCCCAGAGGUCGUGCUACCGGGGCUGCCAGCGUCGAGACCACAACCAACGGCACAGGCACCACCUCCGCCGUUCCCAGAUCCCGUGCAACAAACGGCGGGCCUUCAUCCCCAGCUCACAUCGCUUCGAUGCCUCCUCCUCCAAUCACAUCAGCGCCACGUUCUCCAAUUGUCGACGAAGUCAGCAAGCGUGCACAAGCUCAUCCGCUUCUGCUGGACGAAAGCGUCAAGUUGAAAGCUUUCGUCUCUGCGGUUAUGCGCACAGCCAGAGACCUCGAAGAGGUCGAGAAGCAUUACAGCGAGUUUCCUGAGCGUCGGCCGGCACUUGACUACGCCCGGCAAAAGACUGCGCGCACGGUCGUCAAGUUUGCCGCCGACGGCGACCAGAACGCAGCCGAGACCUGGGCUAGGGGCAGAUUCCCAGAUCGCCACUGGCUUGUAGAUGCCGCUUUCUCGGCCUGGUCUGGUGCCACCCCCGAGGAUGCCGCUCAUCCCACUGUUCAGCAGAUCAUCAAGACAACGAGGGUUAUGAAGCAGGAGAACGAAGCGGAGCAGGAUCUCGUCACGCCCACCGCCCAGCCUACCACUUCUGCUGGCGCCGCUCCUUCUUCUGACAGCACCCACAGCUCCGCCACGGCCGAUACAAACUCGACGGCUGUUUCCACUCCCACUCCGCCUCGCACCGCGAUGGGCAUGCUCGGAGUGACCUUUUACGAUGUCAUUGGCAGCUUCUUAGGCAACAGAGAAUUCCAGCUGCCAGUGCCAGUCACCGGAAAUUUGUCCUUUACGUCCAGAGCUGGCGACUACAACCCUCUCGGGCUGGCUGAUGCCAUGGAGAAGUUUGCAAGCUUCAUCUCCCAGCCGACGGCAACCGUCUAG